UACAGGUUGUUUUCAGCCAGCUGUAGCUGUAGCUGUAUUUCAUGAUUGUUCAUGAUCUUGAAUUAUUUUUACGUUUCGUCAGUUUCGUAUUCGUUUUAUUGUCUACGAAUAGCAGAGGUCUCCACAUAAACUACUGCUGAAAUAAGUUUUGCGGGCUACCGACUUCGUAUGCAAACCGCAAUCAAGAAAAUACAUUUUACUAUUAUUCAUUUUUAAUUUCGGAGAUUACUGCUGAAAUAACUACGGCUUUGAAAAUCAUGGAACCCUCCCCGCACUUCAACGGCUCUACCGACCGCUACAAUGGUGUUACAGUUGAUUCAGUGGAAGAACCUUGUGGUGAAGCACUGUUCUUACCAAAACUAAAAGACUCAUUGAAAAAAUGGCAAGACGAGAAGAAGCGCUGCAUUUGGUUCAAAGUAAACAUCAAGGAUGCGGCAUGGGUGCCUGCGCUUGCUAGUGAGGGUUUCAACUUCCACCACGCCCGCGGAGAGUUUGUUAUGAUGUACAAGUGGCUGCCGGACAGCCGCUCCAACCUGCCUCCCGCGUGCCACACCAACCUCGGGGUCGGGGGGAUGGUGUUCAAUGAGAGGAACCAGCUGCUGGUCGUGACCGAGCAACACUACGAGUACCCACACUGGAAGCUUCCUGGAGGAUAUGUGGAAAGAGGUGAGGACAUAAAAGAUGCAGCUAUAAGGGAGGUAAAAGAAGAAACAGAUAUAGAUGCAGAAUUCGAAUCCAUGGUGACUCUCAGGCAUACGCACAACAUGAUGUUCGGAAACUCCGACAUCUAUGUCAUAGUGAAACUAAGAGCUACCUCAGACACCAUUGCCAAGUCCGAAAUCGAGAUAAAAGAAUGCAAAUGGAUGGAUGUGGAGGAGUUCCUGAACCAUCCGCAUGUUCACGAAUUUAACCGCUUCAUAGUGCGCGAGGCCUUAGAACAUGAUAAAAGGAAGCUGAAGCUGAAUUUACAGAAAAAUGCUGUUAAAAUUGGCAGCAUGUCGCGUCAAAUCACAGCUCUAGUGCUACAAGACGUAGUUAAUACAUCGUAAAAUAGAUUUUACAAUGAUUGCCAUACAUUGCGAGGUCAAGAGAUAAGACAUGUUUAGGUGAUAAACGAUAAAUACGCAGUGUGUUGUUAUGGAGAAUGAAAUGUUCCAUGUAUCUACGUAAUUACGGGUUUUUGGCUGGUGCAAGUAAAAGUAAAUAGGCCUUAGUUACCAUAAGUAUUCAUAGAAUUACUGGUGGUACGAACACGUUAAUUAAUAGGCAUAUAAUAGAAAAUACUUUAAGAUGACUCUAAGUACAUAGUACCUAAUACCUACCUUCCUUGUAAUAAAAAAAAUUAAAAAAUGCAAGUAACAUAAAAUAAUUUAACAUUUCAGUCAAUCAUUCAAUCGUGAAAUAUAUGCAGGUCUGGAUUCGAAGCCUAGUCCUUUGAGAAGCUCGCUCGCAUUAAGAAUUCUGCAUUAUGUUAUAAUUUGUCCUGUAUACUUCCCUCUUAAUUUAUGCGUUAAGUUCAAGGUUUUAGACCUACCUAUAAUACAUGAUAUGAGUAUUGUAGUGCCAUUUGAUUUUAUGAUGUAGGUAAGUAUAUUUUUAUUUAAUGAAACCAAUUUAUUCUACUUUGUGAUAUUUUUAUUGAAAUUAGGAUUUUAUGCUAGUUGACCAUAAUGUGAACAGAAUUAUGUUAUGAAUACUUACUGUGUAUCAAAUUAUUAAGUUAAUGUUAUCUAUUUUAAUCACCAAAGUUAUUGUUACCCAAUAAACUAAACGUGUGCUACCUCAACAACAAGUAGGCAAAUGGUUAAAGGUCAUUAUAAUUUACAUUUUCCACAAAGGUAUAUUGUGUGUUCCAUAGAUUUUCAAGAUAAUGUAUUUAGGUAUUCUAUUCAUAUGUACAUAAAUAAAUACAAAAGAUAACAAAGUAAAUCAUUGUUUUUGAGAAGGUAAAUAAUUAUGUUGACUAUAAUAUUGUUUUUAGUUGUGUACCACAUCUUAUUUUACAUUAAAUAUUUUUAAUAAAUAACAUCCCACCACA